GCGCGGCACACACUUGCGCUGCUAUCAGACAGCACAAGACAAGCUGCGCGGAGAGUCGUACGUACGGAAGCAGGCACUAGCGGCUGGUAGUGCUAUUUGUGCGGCGUGUGCAGUAAGUCGUGUUUUGUCGCUGUCUCACAUACUGGAUUAUAUACCCCUAUACAACAAUGUCGCAGACUAACGGAUGUAACGGUCACAGUAAGGACAGUGUUUUGGAAUUUUCAUGGAAAGUUGGCUUGUUAAAUUGCAAAACAAAAUAUCUAACUGCUGAGAGUUUUGGUAAAUUAAAUAUUACCGGUACAGCUCUGAAGAAAAAACAAGUUUGGACCUUAGAACACGACCGGAAUAGUGACGACAAAGCUAAUGAAGGAGAUAUUUAUCUCCGAAGCCCACAGACAGAGGAUACCUAUGUAUCCUCCGACAAGUAUGGAAAUGUUAAGCUGACAGAGAAAGGUGAUGAUUGCAAGUUCAGGGUCGAGUACGGCGGUGACAAGUACUCCGGUCUUUGGGCGUUCCGUAAUGUAAACUACGGUACCCUUCUCGGUACCGCGCCUAAGGAUGAAGUGACAUGUUUCCAAAAAGGCAAACCCGCUGAAAUGGAGUACUGGACAGUUCAAUUGUCGAUCCAUCCCCAAGUGAAUAUUCGGAACAUCAACCGUAAACGGUAUGCUCAUCUCUGCAACGACGAGCUGCAAUGUACAGAAGUCAUCCCCUGGGGUGCUGAGGCACUGAUCAUUUUGGAAUUCCAUAAAGGCAAAUAUGCCCUGAAAACGAGUGACGACCGGUACCUAAAUUGUGACGGAACCUUAUCUACUGAUUGUACGGAUGAUUCGGCGGAAACAAAGUUCACGUUAGAAAUCCGUUCGGGAAAGGACGCAGGUUUAGCGUUCAAGGACUGCGAACAGCGUUACCUUACAUCCAUAGGAUCUACGGCGACCAUGAAGGCCCGGAAUAUGACGGUGACCAAGGACGAGCUUUUUAGUAUAGAGGACAGUCAUCCCCAAGUCCUUUUCAUAUCAGAAGCAGGCAAGAUGGCCUCCAUUAAACAAGGUGUGGAUAUAUCGGCGAACCAGACGGAGGAGAGUGAAACGGAAACAUUCCAAACAGAGUACCUCCCCGAGCUGAACAAGUGGGCGAUCCGGACUUGCAAGGCAACGUACUGGGCAGUGGUUAACCCAGGAUCUGGCAUUCAGGCCAACAGCAAGGAAAUAAAAGACACCUCAUUGUUUGACAUUGAGUGGCAAGGAGAUGGAACCGUGGGGAUUAAAGCUCACAACGGCAAAUAUGUGUCGCACAAGUCAACGGGGGCCAUGGCAGCCACGGCAGACGCCCUGGAGGAAAAGGAGAGGUACAAGGUUAAAAUCACCAACAGGCCUCAGCUUAUUCUCAGGUGUCAGCACGGCUUCGUUGGACCAAAGUCUUCAACCUCUAGCGAGUUAGUCUGUAAUAAAGCCAGCGCCACCAUCUUGUUCCUGGAAGGAAGCAACGAUGGUACAUACGCAAUGAAAGAUUCAAAAGGUAAAUACUGGAGUAUUUCCGAAGACAGUCACAUCAGCCCUGAUGGAGACACACCUACUCCCUUCACUAUAGAAUUCCUCAAACAGACGAUCGUCACCAUCAAGGGGCCCAAUGGACGUUAUCUCAAAGGGGAGCAAAACGGCAACUUCCGGGUUGUCGCAGAGGAAGUGGGACCGGAUACAUACUGGGAGUUCUAAAUUAAAAACAGGCCAAUUAUACUGGUCAUUUACAGUCUUAUGAUAUGUCCACAACAGAAAAUGCUACGAUAAUUCAGACAAAAACAGGAAUGUUUGGCCUAUGUUAACAUUCCGAUUAUUGCAAUGGACCAAUCAGGAGGUGGAUAUUAUUUAUAGAUUUUACUUUGUCAAAAUGGACCAAUGAUGACACACGAUCGUGUUAUGGACCAAUCAGGAUGUUGAUAUUAUAUACUGUCCGAUCCUGUGUGUUUUUAGAACAGGUCCAGUGCUUUUCCAUACAGGACUUCCUGGUAUAAUGCUGGUUUGGGAUCACGACUUCCGGUUUGGCCAACAGUUUCCUUUUAUAAUGCCAAAAGAGAAGACAACACUACUAUGAUUAUAUCCGUGUAUAGAAUACAGUGUAGGUCACGCGAGGUCACGCCAUACAUCUGGGAUUAACCCGCUUUCACAUUAGAAAGGAAGGAUUGGCAACUUAUGAUGUUGUAUAAAGGCUGACAUAUUGUGUACGCGAGACUGAGUAUGCUGAGGUCGGAUGUGGGUGGAAGGCGAAUGUAGAUGGUGGAUGAGGCUUGCUAGUAUAAAUUAUGUUACUGAUGAAUAAGAUGAAGCGCUUUAUAAUCAAAUACAAAUCUUUUGUAAUAAAAAAAAUUCUUAUAAAAAUAAACCUACUUUGGAUAAA